CGAGCGCUGGUGCAGCAGUCGCAUCUUCUGCGGUUAGCGCGCCCGCGGGCCGGGCACUGCUGGACCAAAGGGUGAAUUCUCAGGCGCCCCUGCAGGAUGGAGCGUUGCUCACAACCUAUCGCUCACACCGCGAUUUAUUCGAUCCUAGUUCCAAUGUUGAUUCGCAAAACAGCUCAGACGAUCCACAAAAUGUCAGCGGCCUGAACGAAGGUCUGCCCUCAGGGCAUGCCUCUCCUGCGCUGAGGCCUUUACCAUCUGCCGGUUCCCCUGGGGAACAACGACCAAUAGGCGCAAGAACCGCUACCAACCACUGCCCUAGCCCUCCUCAGUUGGCGGCCAGCCAGCUCAUCCCUCCAGGCGACCAACCUACUAAGCAUGAUUACGAUGACUACGGCCAUGCCCUCCAUGGCCGUGCCUCCGUUGCCACCACCCACGCCGGCGACAACGCAGAUUGCAACACGCCCUCCCAGGAGAUGCUCCGAUCCGUCAUCCCGCUCCUCAUCAACACCAACCUUGAUACUGCCGCCUGCCUCCCAACCGAACCCGCCGGCCGCCAACAAACCAACGGCGGCGACCCUGCUGCCGUACAACCGCCGCAGUCGCCAGCGGCGCCAGCCGGUACGACAGUCAACACCAUCAGCCCCGCCCACCCCGCCGCCGUCACCGCCCCGGGCCUUAUCAGCGACUCCGAAGGGGGAACCACCGGCGGCCCCAACCAGCGACAUCAGACCAUAUUCCGCGGUCUGACGCGCGACUCCUUCCUCAUGAACAACAACACCACUGGCGGCGGCGGUUGCAGCGGCGGCUACAUGCUGCGUACGGCAACAGCACGUGAGGGGCUGCUGCUGAGUGACGCCUCCUGGCCGCCUUUCCAGCUGGGAAACCCGCUUCAGGUCAAGGUGGGGCCGCUGCUGGGUCGAGGCGGCUGCGGCUCCGUGUACCAGGGCACAUGGCGCGGCCGACCCGUAGCCAUCAAAGUCGUACAACAGGUGGUGACGCCGCCUGGCGGCGGCGCCACUGGCGCCUCCCCCAGUCAUCGCGCCCCUCAUCGACUUCUUCAGCUCCUCCAGCGGCUGCACACACCGAGCGAACGCCGGUGUGCGCCCUGGCGCCGCCGCCGUACCGUCGCAUGUGCCGUACCUUCCCGACGCCAACGCCUCCGUCAAGCGCCUCCGCCACCCCAACGUCUUGCGAACGUACGCGUACGCCGUGGUCAGCAUGGCGCCCCAAUUGGAUGGUGUGCUUCCCUCGCGUCACGAGCACCAUGUGGUGCUGGAGCUGUGUAACGGCGGCAGCCUGCGGGCGUGGUUGGACCAGAUGGGGUGCGACAGCGGCGGUAACCCCGGCGACGGCGGCGGAGGGAGUUGUACGGCAACGGGCAUGGGGAAGGCACCGUUAACCCCCGCCGCCGCGGCGGCGGCGGCGAAGGAAGCGGUUACGCUGGCGCUUAGCCGCGCUCAGGCGCACAUCAGCAGCGGCGGCCGUCGCAGCGGGGAGUCCGGGGAAACUCCCGCGUCGCCGCUGCCGCCGCCGACGGUUGCACCGUCGGGGCCGCCCCUGGCCUGGCGGCUGCAACCCCAGCAGCAGCAGCAGCAGCAGCUCCCAGGGCCUGCCGUAGCGGCUAGGGCUAGCGGAGGCGAAGAGGCAAAGCCGCCUGCCGCUGCCGCCGGCGGCGUCGUUGCCUCGCCACCGCCGCCAGCAGCGGGAGGAGGCUGCGACGUGACGGACCAUGCCCCCGCCCCCGGCGCCGCCGCAUGCCAUACCGCCGCCGCUUGCUCCGCCGCCGCCGCCACCGCCGGCGCCAUCAGCGGCAUUCUAUCACGGCCAGAGGCGACGGCGAUAUCGGCGCCGGAAGGCCUGUUCACGUCUCCUGCAGCUGCCGCCGCCGCUGCCGCCUUGGCGGCGGCGGCCGCUGCGGCGGCGUCGGCGUCUCCCAGUCUGCAUGCCGGCGACGACAUCCGCAGCGGCGCGCUGUCGCACUCUCAGUCGCUGGCGCACCCCGCGUCACGGCGGCUGCCAGGCCUGACGUCGGAGCAGUCGCAGCAGCUCAUGCUGCUGAGCCUUGCGUGGGUGGCGGAAGGGAGCUCGGAGGUGGGCAAGCUGGCGGCGGCGGCGGCGGAGGUGACGGAGGCGGUCCGCGCCAGCACUGACGGCGCGGCGGCGGCGGGAGCCCGCGCCAGGGGGAUGGAGGCGCCUGGCGGCGGCGGGGAGGGCGAAUGUACGACGUCGGCUAUUUCCGAGCCGAACCUCGACCGUGCUGGAAGGACGACAACAGCGGAAUCUGAGGUGGCGGCGGCGGCGGUGGCGACGCCGCGUGGUCGGGAUGAAGGGCGUACGGUUGGCGACGGCAGGGCGGCCGCCGCCGCCGUGGAAGCAGCUGAGGUGGGUAUAGAGCUGCGGCGGUGCAGCCAUGGCAGCGGUAACAGCAGCCGGAGCAGUCGACGGAGCAGCAGCAGUAGCGGCGGCGGCGACGGCAGCAGCUGCAGUGGCGACGGCGAUGGCGACCAACCCAAUGAGCCGGUGCGGUCGUCGGCUUCGAGCAGUCUGGCGGCUGGUCCCGCGGGUCUGGGGAGCCCAGUGGCUUCCGCGCAUCCGAGGGGGCCUGGGCCGCCGGCACAGGAGACGGCGGUGGCGGCGGUGUCGGUUGAAAGCGACUGCGGUGUCGCCGCCGCCGCCGCCGCUGGCGACGACGUCGACGCUGCCGGCCCUGCCGUACCAGUGCUAGAGGAAGCGCUGGAACCGCACUCGUCGCCAUUGCCGCCACCGACGGCAGAUCUGGCCGCGGCAUGGGCGGGUCCGACAUUAGGUCCGUACGGCACGAACCCCUGGGUCAUUGACAACGCGCCCCUUGGAGAGCAGUCCUCGAUGCCACGUCCCGGCAGUAGCGCUGGGAGCUUGACCAGCUACGGCCGACGGAUCCCGUCAGUUGCGGCGCAUCAACAGUACGUCAUUUUAGAUGACUUGGACGAGCAAGAGGAGUACGAAAGAAGCUACGGAGAGUACGGCAGCACUUUCAUGUACGGCAAUAAAGGCGGCAGUAGCCAUGGGCAUGCUAAUCACAAUGCUGGUGGCGUUGGUGUUGGAGGCGGGGGCCGGAACAACACCGCACGCCAUCUGUACGGACAUUUUGGCAGCAGCAUGGUAGACGAACCGUUGCGUCGACUUGAAGAGGAAUCGUCGCUCGAAGGGACGCAAAGCUCCCGCGGUCGCAGUCGCGGUGACGCCACUGGGACGACCGGAACGGGAGUUACCUCGGAAAACGUCGUCGCCGCCAUCGGCGGUUGCGGCGGGUCGUCACUUACGGGCGAAAAGCUGGGCAGCGGCGACGGCGGAGUCACUGCCGCCGCCGCCGCCACCACACUGUCGCCGCCGGCGACGGCGACGGCGGCAGCGGCGAUCUCUCCAAUGCCAGUUCCCCGUCUUCUCCAACCGCUCGCGGCCGGCAGCAAAGCACAGACGUUAACGGCGGCUCAGCCGGCAGCCAGUGGCGCAGUAGCACCGCACUCGCCGCCUCGCGAAGGCGAGCUGGAUCUGUCGAUGAUGACGUCGAUAAUGAACCGUCGCGCAGCCGGCAUGGUGCGAUCCAUCAUGCGCGCCGCCGCCGCCGCCGGCGGCGGUCGUGACGGCGGCGGCGCCGAGGCGGCGGCGGCGACGGCGGAGCCGAUGAGUACGGCACGGUUACGGCACCUGGUGGCAGCACUGGAGUGUCUGGUGGAGGUGGCGGCAGGGUUGUCGUACUUGCAUGGCGUCGGCAUGGUGCAUGGGGACGUCAAGAGCGGCAAUGUGCUGUUGGCGUUAGAGGAGGGACUCACGCAGCCGCACCCGCACUGUCAGCCGCACAUGGGGCGGGGCUUCAGAGUGAAGCUGGCGGACUUUGGGUUCGCAAGGGUUAUAGAGCACGGCUCGCACACGUACCUGUCCCGCCCCUCCGGCACGCUGGCGUACCUGAGUCCCGAGCUGCUCACGGCACACCGACAGUCCACCGCCGCCGACAUGUACGCGUUCGGGUUGCUGGUGUGGGAGGUGGUAACCCGGGAGCCCCUGUUCCGAGGCAUGCAGACGCCGCAGCUGCUGUACGCCAAGACCCACCACAGCGACUGGCAGCACCUGCCCUGGCCCGUCUGGGUGCCGCCCGAGGUGGCGGCGCUGGCUCGGAGCUGCGCGGAGUACCUGCCGGCGCGGCGGCUGAGUGCGGGGCAGGCGCGGGGG